AUGCACAACGUUGUUGAAAUGGAACUUCCGCAAGUAAAUACAGACCGUUCCCACACCUGCAAUCUGAUAUCGAUAUUCCCUCACAUGUCGUCCCAAGACAAGCAGGCACAAAGUCAGGGGUGUACUGUGCAUAUACGGGGUGCUUCUGGUAUCAUUCCAAUUGUUCCUCAUGCCCUGAAAGUGCAAUGGCUUUCUGCGGUUGCUGCCGUGGUAGCGUCAAGAGUGGCGUAUCUGGUAGUACUUCAGCAAAAACCGGGAUCAACACGCUUUUUCUUCUUUCCUUGGUGUUCGUGGUAUUUGGUUGUUGGCAUCGAUGGCAUUGUAUGUAUGCUCAGAUCCCGGAGCUCGUCAACUACAAAAUGCCUCAAGCGAGGGAUGUUACCGAGAUGGUCCAAUCUCUUCAUACCGAUAUCUAAAUCCUUAAGCGUUCUGUUAAUAUUCAGCAUAUUGACACAAGAAGAGUUUUUCGAAGCUAUUUUCAUGUCCGCUACGGUUGAAUUCCAGUUUCUAGGUAGGGCAGCUCUUCAGGAUCCCUUUCAUCUCGCUUCUACAUCGGUUUCGUUGCCGUUGUUUGAUUCUUUGUCGUUCUUAAUUCGGAGAUGCAUUGGAAUAUCAUAUUCGCGAUUACUAGAUUCAUUCAGUGUUAUAUCUCCAUUCUUAUCUCGCCCAACCGUUGCCUCCAACCAUCCAAGAGCUGUCAAGCUUACUGGAUCAAAGAAGGGGGUUGUUUAG